AUGUCGGAUGUAGACAAUUGGGAGCCAGUAUCCGAUGGUGAAAAUACUACUGAUUCAGUGCAGCAAUUGGGCCCUCCCUUUGAGCAUGUAAGUGACGAUGACAACGCUGGCGGUGGUGAAGAUGAGUCACUAGAAGACGUGCCACUAAACUCAGAUAGCAGUGACGCCCGCAAGAAUUUGGUAGUGAUUACGAAUCCAAGUACCGCUGAUGAACAGACUACUGAAAUCAAACACGAUCAGUCCAGGACGUCUUCGACGUCCUCGUUCUUCAGUGGAAUGAUCUCUUCGUUUAAGUCCAACGCACAAUCUCCACUUUCUAGAUCUAGUACACCAACUUCACCAGUGUCUCAACCGAACAUCAUAUCCCAUAGGAGAGAGCCCUCCAUAGGUUCCAAGAGAAAGUCAAGCCGUCGCAUCAGUAAUGCUACAAUCGCGGAAGUAGAUUCUCCCUUACAGCAAGUGGAAAAGCCUGAUGAAGUCAAGACAAGGCGCACCCCUUCUCAGAUGAAGGAGGACAAUUACGAUCGCAGGCGGUUUGUGGAGGAACGAUACAUGGACACACCUUAUCACUAUGCAUCCGAACAAAGAAACAGAGACUUCCACGAGGCAUUCAAGUCCGUGCCUAAGGAUGAUAGACUACUGGAUGAUUUUAACUGUGGACUCAAUAGAGAAUUGCUUUACCAGGGGAAACUAUACAUCACAGAAAAACAUCUCUGCUUUAAUUCCAAUAUUCUUGGUUGGAUCGCUAAAGUGCUGAUUGCCUUCGAAGAUAUCACAUAUAUGGAGAAGACUUCGGCUGCUGGAUUAUUCCCCAGCGCCAUAUCCAUUGAAACACAGAUGGGCAAAACUCUCUUUAACGGCUUUAUAUCCAGAGACAGCGCAUUCGGCUUGAUGAAAGAAGUGUGGUCAAGAACGUUGUUACAGAAGGACAUGGUCAGUGAAGUCGCCAACAGCGACAAGUCAGGCAACGGUAAGAAAAUUGAUGAUGCGAUAAACUCUAUCGAUGAGGAAAACAAUGAAAAGGGUACUAAUGAUAAUGAGACUAAUGAUGACGACAAUAACAAUGAUUAUACCAAUGAAACCACCCCUAAGAGCACGAGUUCCUCUUUGGAUAGAGAAAAAGAAAAAGCAUACAAUCUGCGUGACAGUUCAUCAUACCAGUAUGAUGGUCCACUAUACCAUCACUCGACAAGCUUUCCAGCCGAACCGAUGGCCAGCAAUGAAUUUGUCCUCAAGGAAUUACCAUUCAACUGUGCACCUGGCAUACUCUUCGAGAUCAUGUUCAACUCGGAGCAGAACGAAUUCCUUUUGGAUUUUCUACGAGGCCAAGAGGGAUCACAAAUCACCAAAAUUCCAGAUUUCACGAGCAUUGAUGGAUCUCUCAUUCCUUUGAAAAGAGAGUAUUCAUACGAAAAGGCGUUGCACUUCCCUGCAGGUCCCAAGUCCACGACGUGCUAUGUUGCUGAAGUAAUAAAUAGGAAGGAUCCGGACACAUACUAUGAAGUCAUCAGUAGUAUACGCACGCCAAACGUGCCCAGCGGUGGCAGUUUUUCGACUAAGACAAGAUACUUAAUCCGUUGGAACGACGAAAUAACGUGUUUGCUACGAGUGUCCUUUUGGGUAGAAUGGACUGGCUCCAGUUGGAUAAAGGGCAUGGUCGAAAACGGCUGCAAAAAUGGUCAAUUAGAAGCUGCACAGUUGAUGGAACGUAUUCUUGCCAAGUUUGUCAAGGACAAUGUCGAAGAAUGUCAAAUUACUAUCAGCAAAGAGAAAGAGGAGCAAGAGGUAGAACAACUGGAAGAAAAAUCCGGGGAAACUGCGCUCGUACAAACAACAGAAGUCGUUGCUGCAACGCCUAUUGUUGCAGAGUCUCAAGGUCUGAAGGUCACCACGGAAACAUGGUUGUUUUUAUACUUGAUCGUUAUACUUUUGCUACUGUUGAACCUGUUCUAUAUACGUUCAAUUGCGACUUGCUUACGCCAACUGGUGAAGCUGCAAUUGGCGCAAUUGAAAUAG